CGUGAUCGUUAAUCCUCCGCAGACAGAACGGUGCUCGCUGUGGACCGUGCCAAAGUGGCUAUUUACGCGCAAUUAUCGCUACAAACUCGCUACAGUGGGUGUUUGCAUACAUGCACUGCACGUCUGGGUGACCUGCCUGUCUCUGCCCCCCCACCCACAGCCUGUCCAUUGGGCUCCGUGAUACUUCAUGGUGUUUGUGCCAUCUAGGGUUAUCCGCCGCUCCAUUGCAGUCUUUCUGGCGCAGAUUUCGCGUCUCGCCAUCUGCUCACUCUUGGACUAACUAAUAACUUCCGAAUCACUGAAAACAAACAAGAAAGUUUUCUUCUGGACCUACGGCCUUUACUUGGUUUUAAAAGGAGACAUUCUUUCUGCUUGGAUAAGUGUUUAGGAGCAAAAGAGAAGCAACCGAUUCCAAGGACGUGGACACUAGUAAUUACUGCACCGCGGGGGGAAAAAAAUAGACAAACGCCUGUGCCAUGUAGCUGCACUCUCACAUGGAAAUAUGCAGACGAGCCCACACAGCAGCGAGCUAGUUAUUUUUACUUAAAGGGGAAAACUACAAAAAAUGCUGUGAAGCUCUGUGUCGCAGCUUGGCUCCCGGCAAAAGCGCAGGUUUUUCCAGAGCAUCUGCUGGUGGGGGGAAAAAUUGUCAGGAGCGAGAGAAGAAGCGAUAUGCGGCUGGGCAGGCAGUUGCUUUUGCAGUUCCUCUUCUGGAAUUAGUGCAUGAAUGGGAAGGGAGCGGCUUUAGACUCGAAGCAGGAAAAAAAGAGUGUACUGUUUAAAGCUCGCGGCGGCACAUAAUGGAUACUUUCCUGCCCUUAAAGGUCACCUAACAGACUCAACAGAUGUGAUUGAGAACCACAUAGAAGAGGUGUUGUAUGAAUAAAGAUGAAUCAAUAUGAGUUUGGAUACCUGACCUGACCACACAACAGAUGCUUUUACUGCUAAUUCUUCACCUUGCACUUUGAGUGUGAAUGUGUGGCCUUGAGAUAUUUCCAAGGGACCAUAUGGCACAAUACCGCACAAUAUAGGUCCUCGUUGCAUAAGCUAACAUGGACAAAGUGGUCAUCAGUCUCCUGUUCCUGGGAACCGCAGUUACGAUGGUCCAUGCAUGUCCCAAAUACUGUGUCUGCCAGAACUUGUCAGAGUCCUUGGGGACUUUAUGCCCCUCCAAAGGUCUACUCUUUGUUCCACCAGACAUUGACCGGCGAACUGUGGAGCUCCGGCUGGGUGGCAACUUCAUCCUCAAGAUCUCCACCCUGGACUUUGCCAAUAUGACAGGUCUGGUGGAUCUCACUUUGUCCCGAAACACUAUCAGCGACAUCCAGCCUUUCUCAUUUAUUGACCUGGAGACAUUAAGAUCGCUACACCUGGACAGUAACCGGUUGACUGAACUGGGACCAGAUGACCUCCGAGGACUGGUUAACCUGCAACACCUGAUCCUCAACAACAAUCAACUGAGCCGUAUCUCUAAAGUAGCCUUUGAUGACUUGUUACUGACACUGGAGGAUCUUGAUUUGUCAUAUAACAACUUGCGCACUGUGCCUUGGGAGGCCAUCCGAAAGAUGGUCAACCUCCAUCAAAUGAGUCUGGACCAUAACCUCAUCUCCUUUAUCGCUGAGGGGACCUUUACAGAUCUCGACAAACUGGCACGCUUGGACCUCACCUCUAAUCGUCUUCAGAAGCUCCCUCCAGAUCCUAUCUUUGCACGCUCCCAGAGCAAUGUGGUGAUGAGCACACCAUAUGCACCUCCGCUCUCACUAAGCUUUGGUGGAAACCCUUUGCACUGCAAUUGUGAAGUGCUUUGGCUUCGGAGACUGGAACGGGAGGAUGAUAUGGAAACCUGUGCUUCUCCUGCCAGUCUAAAGGGACGAUACUUUUGGUCUGUUCGUGAGGAGGAAUUUGUGUGUGAGCCCCCUCUGAUCACACAACAUACACACAAAUUGCUCGUGCUCGAGGGACAGACAGCUAGCUUGCGCUGCAAAGCUGUAGGCGAUCCAAUGCCAACUGUGCAUUGGGUUGCUCCUGAUGACCGUUUGAUUAGCAACUCCUCCCGAGCAACUGUAUAUGAAAAUGGGACUCUGGAUAUAACAGUCACCACAUCUAAGGACUACGGUACAUUCACCUGCAUAGCUGCUAAUGCUGCAGGGGAAUCUACAGCAUCCAUCGAACUAUCAAUCAUUCAACUCCCCCAUCUGAGUAAUGGUACAAACCGUACCACGCAGAACAAGUCAGGCCUGUCAGACAUAACAAGCUCUACUAAGAUCAGUAAAGGGGAGCCUAAAACUCUUCCAGAGAAGGUGGUGUCUGUAUCAGAAGUGACCGCUGUUUCUGCUCUGGUCAAGUGGAGUGUUAGCAAAGCAACUCCAAAGGUCAAAAUGUAUCAGCUUCAGUAUAAUUGUUCUGAAGAUGAAGUCCUCAUUUACAGAAUGAUUCCCAUGACUAACAGGGCCUUUGUACUCACUAAUCUGGUCCCAGGGAUGCAGUAUGACCUGUGUGUCUUGGCCAUUUGGGAUGAUACUGCUACGACUCUCACUGCCACCAAUAUUGUUGGCUGUGUCCAAUUUGUCACCACUGAGGAUUACCCACAGUGUCAGUCUAUUCACAGUGGCUUCAUGGGUGGCACUAUGAUCCUGGUCAUCGGUGGCAUCAUCGUGGCCACACUGCUGGUUUUCAUCAUUAUCCUCAUGGUUCGCUAUAAGGUGACGAGUGGGAUCCAGACUAAUAAACUGCCCACUGUGAGUAACACAUACUCACAGACGAACGGAGGAAUGAACAGGUUCAACGGUGCCCCACCACAGGUUAAAUCUACAGUGGUGGUCAUGCGUGAGGAAAUGGUAGAGUUCAAGUGUGGAUCGCUCCAGAGCAGUCUCUCUUCAUCCUCCUCCUCCUCUAACUCAUUAGACAGCCAAACAGCAAGAGGGGCUGGUGACCGCUACAGCAUGCAAAGCAGUGAGUGCACCACCCUGCCCAGCAACAAGUUCAGGAGGCACGGCCCCAAAGCACGCCCAAACUUGGACCACCUUUUAGGAGCCUUCACCUCACUGGAGCUGCGAGGGGCAGGGAGAGACAGCGCAGGUACUUCUGGACCCUCCACCAGUUCCAAUGCUAUGGCAGUGGCCGUGGCACCACCGUCUGAUAAAGAACCAUUGCUUGGAAGGGCAGAGUCCACAACCAUGCUGGGACGCAUCCUUGGGCUUCCCCAGGAGGGUAAGCCAAAGAGGAGCCAUUCGUUUGACAUGGGUCAUGUAGGGGCCACACAGAGUCGCAGCAGCUACCCACGCAGGAUCAGUAAUAUCUGGACUAAACGCAGUCUGUCUGUUAAUGGCAUGCUGCUGCAGUAUGAUGACAGUGAGGAUGAGAAGCCCACUUUUGAGAGCUCCGAGUGGGUAAUGGAGAGCACGGUUUGAAGACCAUAGAGACCAUAUGUGAGAUUCAUGACCAAACAAUAAAUCUAUAUGAGAAUAAAAGAAACAUGAGUGAAAAGUGAAGGAUAUCCCAAAGGGACACUAUCUUCUGCAUGAAGCUAACCCAAGUGAUAAUAUAAGACACUCAAAUCAAUAGAUUCCUGGUCAUGAUCUCAUCUCUGACAGUGUCAAACUGUAUUUGAAAAAUGUCCCCAUUUUAAAACAACUGCAGAAAUGGCCCACAAGGAAUAUUUCCCAAACCACAGGGUACAUGAGAUUAUCCCUGAGGGGAGAAAAGGGAAAGAAAGACAAGAAAUUCUAAGUGGAUUUACUAUGUCUUUAUUAAAACAACUGAAUACCAAGAGGAUUUGCCUCGAUUGUGGUGAAGUGGAUCACAAUGUCAUGGACCCUCAGCAUGAAAUGGGACUACUGCAACAGUAGAAAGACCAGAGGAGCUAGUAGAAAAUUAAAACAAAGUCAUUUUUA